AUGUCUGCCACAACCGGCUCAGGCGCUGGACGUUUCCAAGAAGGUCAUCGACCACAUUCAGAGCAAUCCGAGAGCAGUCUGGAGAGGAAACAAAGCGGCGUCAAAGACAUUGAGGCCUCAUCCGCCUCCGACGACAACCGAGAUGUCGACGUUGAGAAGCAACAGCAAACCCAGCAGCCCUCUACUGGUGAAGAGAAAGAGGAAGGAGAUCCAAACGUCGUGGACUGGGAUGGACCCGAUGACAAACAGAAUCCCUACAAUUGGACACCGGUCAGGAAAUGGGGCAUCGCAACGAGUAUGGGCUUGAUGACAUUCGUCGUCACUUUCGCCUCAUCGGUCUUCAGCGCUGCGACGGACGUGACAGCACAACAAUUCGGUGUCAGCUCGGAAGUCAUGAUUCUGGCAGUGGCGCUGUUCGUGUUAGGUACGAUGAGCUAUCCCCUUCCUCUUCAAUUUUCUCAGCCUGCAAUCAAAACAUGGACUGACAUUCUUCCCCAAAAGGUUUCGCCUUUGGGCCUAUAGUCUGGGGACCGCUCUCUGAGCUUUAUGGUCGAAAGCUUCCGCUGUUCGCCGGAUACAUAGUCUUUGCCAUCUUCACGAUCCCGGUGGCGGUGGCUCAGAACCUUCAAACGAUCAUGGUGUGUCGAUUCUUUGGCGGGUUCUUCGCAUCCGCACCAUUGGCCACCGUUGGAGGAUCUUUGGCAGAUUUCUUCGAUCCCGUGAACCGUGGUGUUGCAAUGGCCAUCUUCUGCGCUGCAACAUUCAUCGGGCCUACCCUCGGUCCCAUCUUGGGAGGCUUCAUCACCAUGAGCUAUCUUGGCUGGCGAUGGACGCAGUGGAUCCAGUUGAUCAUGGCCGUCUUGAUGGGUACGAUCGGCUUCUUCGUCAUUCCGGAGACUUAUGCACCUGUACUGCUGCAGCGCAAAGCGAAAAAGCUACGCUACCAGACUCGCAACUGGGCGAUCCAUGCUCCACUGGACGAGAAAGAAGUCGACUUCCAAGAGAUCGCGGACAAAUACCUCCUCCGGCCCUUCAAAAUGCUUGUGAUGGAGCCCAUCCUCGUCCUCGUAACACUCUACAUGUCCCUCAUCUACGGCAUCAUCUACGGCUUCUUCGAAGUCUUCCCCAUUUCCUUCCAGGAAGAACGAGGCUGGAACCUAGGCGUCGGGGCCUUGCCCUUCCUCGGCAUCCUCAUCGGCGUGCUCUGCGGCUGUAUCAUCAUCUCCGUCAUCACCAAAACCCGCUUCGCCCGCAUCAUGCGCGAGACUCAGACGGUGAUCCCCGAAGAGCGUCUCAUCCCCAUGAUCAUCGGAGGCGGUCUUCUCCCCAUUGGACUCUUCUGGUUCGCCUGGACUUCCUACCCGACGAUCAGUCCGUGGCCGCAAAUCAUCGCGUGCGUGCCCGCGGGCGCCGGCCUGAUGAUGAUUUUCCUGCAAGGGCUGAACUACAUUAUCGACGUGUACAAGAUCAACGCCAAUAGCGCCAUUGCGGCCAACACGUUCUUCCGGUCCUGGGUGGGAGCCGGGUUCCCGAUGUUUGCCACGCCCAUGUUCCACAAUCUCGGCGUGCCGUGGGCCAUGAGCUUGCUCGCCUUUCUGUGUGUCGCUCUGUUCCCGGUGCCGAUCCUUUUCUUUAUCUAUGGAGAGAAGAUUAGGAAGAUGAGCAAGUACAGCCCGGAUUGA